UAAAAAAACACUUAAAAACUUGAAAACUUAAAAGUUCUGCACUCGGUUUUUAAGUAUUAUCAAAUUGGCUCUACAAAUAAUUUAAACUUAAAUUAGAUUAAACUGACUUUAAAAAACAAAGGCUAAACAAGAGCGGUUCUAGAAUUGACCCUUGUGGGACUCCACAUUUCAUGGACGUCCACUUAGACUUAUGCUCUCCUAGAUUCACAUAAUACCCUCUCUCUUCUAAGUAUGAUCUGAACCAUUUGAGUACCAUCCCAGAAAGCCCGACCCAGUUUUCCAGUCUCUCUAAUAGUAUGUUAUGAUCGACAGUGUCAAAAGUAGGAAAAACAUGUUUAGUUAUUAUUGAUCAUAUAUUUAAUAACGCUAAUGUUUAUAAUAUCCUAAUAUCUACAUUCCUUAUAGUUGCACCUAUCAGAUUAGAGCUGGACGAUAACAUAUUUACAUUUUUUUUCAUAGAUUCAUAUAUCCUGAUAUAAAAUGUGACAAAUCUGUGAAAAAUCUGUGAAAAUGAGUUUCAUGGUGAUUGUAUAUAAACCUCCUCUGAUCAAUUCAUCAUGUGUGUUUGAGCUUUUGAAUAUUUGAUUAUUAAUGAAAAGCUCUCUCUAAAAGCGAGGUCACUGACAUCCAGAUCAGAUGUGUGCAUAUGAGGCUGUGUUGUUUGUGUCUGGCUCUCAUUAUGAUUGUGAAUCUCUUAAUUGGCUGUAACUGCUCCGUGUCAGAGAAACAGACGCCAGUGACUAACAGCUCUCUCUCUCUCUCUCUCUCGCUCUCUCUCUCUCUCUAUCUCUCGUUCUCUCUCUCUCUCUGUCUCUCUCUCUCUCUCUCUGUCUCUCUCUCUCUCUCUCUGUCUGUCUCACUCCCUCUCUCCUCCGCAUGCACACGGAUGACGGAUGAUGAUGAUGCUGCUGCCAUGGCAACAGACCUUCACGCGCUCACACAUUGAUUUCAUAUUUAUUUAAUAACACGUUCUUCCUUCCGUCACGCGGGAUCCGGAAUCCGUCGCUGCGAGCGCGUGAGGCUCAACAAGUGACAGAGAUGAACGCGAAGGAGCGACGCGACGCGCCUGAUUUUCCUGUUGAUGAUGAUGAUGCACCUUCACGUGUCUGACUGACCUGUGUGUGUGUGUGUGUGUGUGUGUGUGUGUGUGAGAGAGGUUUUCGUUUUUAUAUAAGCGCGUCUGCUGAUCGCGACACAUCACCGUAACAACCAGAGGCGGGAAUCACCGGAUCACGGAGAUGCUGGCCGGUGUCGGGGCGUCAAGGACACGGAGAAAUGAGGAGAAAUGACGGACGGCGCGUGAAGAGGAGCGCGUCAAGGACGAACGGAGCGUCGAUUCAAGGGCGUUCGAACGCGAUGAGGAGCCGUCGGAGGGCAGCGCGGCGCGGUGGAGCGAGGCGUCCUCCGGAGGAAGCGUGAAGGAGAAACGCGCUGAGGUCAAACCCACUGUGAGCUCGUUCUGACCGAACAGUGUUUGUCUGAGAGAAGAGCAACAACAGGUCUGUGUGUGUGUCUGUGUGUGUGUGUGUGCGUGCGCGUGCUGGCAUGGAUGGUGGCACCGGGGCUUCCGCGCGGAACGGAGACUCUAAGCGGCGCAGUUAGAGCAGCCUGCCGUCUCCCGGUUACCGUCUCUCCCAAGCGUCUCUGGAGGGAGACCGCCGCCCUUCCAUCAUGAGCUCCACUCGUGAAAACGGCCCGUUUCGACCGGGCACCACCUCCGGAACCCCGACCACCCCUCAGACGCACGCCGGUUCCGCGCCGUCCUCCGUGCAGCGCUCCGUGGGUUUCGCCUCCCGAGCCGCUCUGGCGUCCUCCUCCUCCUCCGGCACCGGGAUGGUCGUGAUCGCCGCCGGACCCGAGACCACCACCACGGCGGCCGGGAGCCCUGAGGCCGGUCCGGUGCUGGACGGUGAGGACUACAGCUACUCGAACCAGUCCACCUUCAUCCAGAGGCAGUUCGGAGCCAUGCUGCAGCCCGGGGUCAACAAGUUCUCGCUCCGCAUGUUGGGCAGCCACAAGGCCGUGGCUCUGGAGCAGGAGAGACUCCGAUCAGCCGGAGCCUGGAUCAUACACCCCUACAGCGACUUCAGGUUCUGCUGGGAUCUCCUCAUGCUGCUGCUGAUGGUGGGAAACCUCAUCGUCCUCCCGGUGGGAAUCACCUUCUUUAAGGAUGAGAACACUCCUCCAUGGAUCAUCUUCAAUGUGGUGUCGGACACACUCUUCCUGGUGGAUCUGGUGCUGAACUUCCGCACCGGGAUCGUGAAAGAGGACAGUACGGAGAUCCUGCUGGACCCCAAGGCCAUCCGCCAGCGCUAUCUGAAGAGCUGGUUCCUCGUGGACUUCGUGUCCUCCAUCCCCGUGGAUUACAUCUUCCUGAUGGUGGACCUGGAAGCUCACCUGGACUCAGAGGUGUACCGGACGGCCCGAGCCCUGCGGAUCGUUCGAUUCACUAAGAUCCUGAGUCUGCUGCGCCUGCUGCGUCUGUCUCGACUCAUACGCUACAUCCACCAGUGGGAGGAGAUCUUCCACAUGACCUAUGACCUGGCCAGUGCGAUGGUGCGGAUCGUCAAUCUGAUCGGGAUGAUGCUGCUGCUGUGUCACUGGGACGGAUGUCUGCAGUUCCUGGUGCCGAUGCUGCAGGACUUCCCCCCCGACUGCUGGGUCUCCAUAAACAACAUGGUGAAUGACACGUGGGGCAUCCAAUACACGUACGCACUGUUUAAGGCCAUGAGCCACAUGCUGUGCAUCGGUUAUGGUGCUCAGGCUCCAGAGGGAAUGACGGACGUCUGGCUCACGAUGCUCAGUAUGAUCGUGGGUGCGACCUGCUACGCCAUGUUCAUCGGUCAUGCUACGGCCCUCAUCCAGUCCCUGGACUCCUCACGCCGACAGUACCAGGAGAAGUAUAAGCAGGUGGAGCAGUACAUGUCUUUCCAUAAGCUUCCAGCAGAUGUCAGGCAGAAGAUCCAUGAGUAUUAUGAACAUCGAUACCAGGGCAAGAUGUUUGACGAGGAUAACAUUCUGGGAGAGCUGAGCGAGCCCUUAAAGGAGGAAAUUGUUAGCUUCAACUGCCGAAGCUUGGUGGCUAACAUGCCUCUCUUCGCUAACGCCGACCCAAACUUUGUAACAGCAGUGCUAACGAAGCUGAAGUUUGAGGUGUUCCAGCCCCAUGACUUCAUUAUUCGUGAGGGAACUGUCGGUCGUAAAAUGUAUUUCAUCCAGCAUGGACGGGUCAGUGUACUAACUCGUGGCAACAAGGAGACCAAGCUCAGCGAUGGGUCAUACUUUGGAGAGAUCUGUCUGUUGACACGAGGCAGGAGGACAGCAAGUGUCCGAGCAGAUACAUACUGUCGACUUUACUCCCUCAGUGUGGACAGUUUCAAUGAGGUUCUGGAAGAGCAUCCCAUGAUGAGACGGGCCUUCGAGACGGUGGCAGCAGACAGACUCGAUCGCAUCGGUAAGAAGAACUCAAUUUUGUUGCGUAAGACCUCACAGGGAGGCUCUGUAGCAGGCAGCAGUUUGGGACGGGGUGGAGGGAGCCGUGGAGGAGGAGCAGGAGGUGCCAGUCUGGGUUCUUGUGACAGUGUCUUGAUCCAGCAGAUCGUGAAGCACGAUAGCAUGCCGACCAUGCAGGACAUCACUGCUGGCACCCGAGGCAGCACGGGAGGCACUGUCUCACCCCGACCUCAUCCAGUGAUCUGGGCACCGCUGGUCCACGCUCCCCUGCAGACGGCCGCUGCCACCACCAAUGUGGCCAUUGCCUUGAUGCAUCAGCAACAGCAGCAGCAACAGUUGCAGCAGCAGUUACAACAGCAACACUCCCUUGGAGCUGCCAUCUUCCUUCCCUCCGCUUUUUCAAUCUCGCCAUCACCCUCAUCCUGCCCACUUUCUCCUCCCCGUCCACCUAUAUUACAUCCUCGGCAGUCGCUCAGCUCCCUCAUGAGCGUAAUGGGCGGGAUACCCCCACGAGGAGUCCCGCCUUCUGUAACUCCUACACCCUCGCCCUCCACUAUUGGACCGACCAUGGUGGGCAUGGCUCCUUCAGGAGGUGGAGUUGCAAAAACUCCUCCUACUCCUGCCUCAUCAGUGCCUACCCCGCUGCAGGCUGGAAGAGCACUUCAUCACAGUCUCCGCCUCCACACGGAGCCCACAGCAUCACCUGUCCAUAAAGUCCCUCCUCCAUCUUCAGCAGUGGCGGCGAUGUCCAUCGAAGGGCGCAAUGUUGGCUCUGCUCCGCAGGGGGCCAAAGAGGCUUUGCUGCGUCAUGUUGGAGGAGGCAGCACCCAGGGCCUCCCCAUGAUUGGUCGGCUUACCCAGGAGGCCAGACUGCUCUCCGCCUCCCAGCCGACUCUGCCCCACCGCAGCUGGGCGAGUGUGCAGCCUCACCCGCCUCUCCAUCGUAAAGCAUCUGGAGGAAACCUACUUCCGGCACCCUUCCUUUUGUCGUCAGGACUUGCUAGAGGAGGAAGCGCAGGUGUUUUAAGCUCAAACAUGCCUGGUGCCACACAGGCAUCGACACAAACACCCCUGCUAUUAGCACACACACCUCCACUCACAACAGCCCCAGGAUCAGCUCCGUCACCCCUUGUCCCCUUCUUGUUCUCCCCGAAGCAAAACCCUCUUUGUUCCGCCAACCCUCCUUUAUCUCUCACGGCCACAUCUUCUAGUCGAGGGGUUCCUCAAACCCAACGUGCCAAAUCAGGCAAUAUAAUACCUACUCCUCCUUCAACCUCUCCCCCUCCUUACCUACGCCCUCCUUCUCCUUCUCCCUCUCAGUCCACCUCCACCUCUCCAACUUCAUCUCCCGGCACCUCUUUGGCUCUGAAUUCCCGUACCAAACCCUCUCAGACGCCUCCACCACCGUCCCCAUUAUCCUGCACCACCAACUCAACACCCAACAUCACUCCUUCUCAGACCACCACCCCAACUCGAACCCCAACCCCUGUUCAAACCCCUGUUCAGACCCCCACCCAAUCUAGAACACCAAUGGCCAUCCAAACCCAAUCCCAAGGUCGUUGUCCAACUCCUGUCCAGAUCGCAGCAUCUGCACAAACUCCGGCCUCUGUUCAUAGUCCGCUUCCUGCCCAGACACAAAGUAAACCUAUGAGUUCCAUCCUGAGCCAGAGCUCUGCUAUCCAGAUGCCAGCCACUGUCCAGGUCCUUGGUUCUCCUUCGACUUGUUCUGCAGUCUCCAUUCAAACCUCAACUACCAUACAGACUCAGAGCUCUUCCUGGACCCCAGGCUCUCCCAUCAAUACCCCAGCCCAAAGUAGACCUUCAACCCCUGUUCUGACCCAAUCGCAAACACAAGCUCCACUUGCUAAAGCCCCUGCUGCCGCACCAUCACCUUCUCCUUCAUCAACUCUAUCUCCCGCUGCUUCACAGCCACAGAAGCCUGCUGCUAGCCAGACUCAGCCCUUAAACAUUCUGUCCACUCCAACCUUAAGUCCAUCUCACAUUCCUGCUUCCGCUGCCUCAUCAUCUACAGACCCCCAGUUUAUCUCCACUUCAACAAAAGAGGCAAAGUAAGAGCAGGACUUGCCUCAGACGCAGAGAUAUUUAGAUAAAAAGAGACAGAAAUAUCCUGCUAACAUGUGAGGAGGAUGCUGGAUGCUGAACAGAGGAUCAUAGUUUAUCCGUAGUGAGUUUAGGAGAUGAGAUAUCACCAGUCAGCUGUAUCAGUGAAGGCUCUGCAGGUUCCAUCAGCGUGUUGUCUAGAUUUGAGCCUCCCUGUGGUGGUCUGUAGUCUUGACCAUGGGAAGGUUUAACAUCCCUGACUAUACAUCUAAACAAGGUAAUAACAAAAGAGCAGAACAUGAUUGGCUCAAAAGUAGAACUAGAGUCUCUGCAUUAUCUGGGUCAUCUGGGCAUGUCAGGUAGACUGUUUUUGUAGUCCUGCUGAAAAGACCCGACUGAAUUGCUGCGGUCUGUCUGGUGAACCAACGUAUUCAUGCUGAUCACCAGCAAAACAUGCAAGAUACAGUGGAUUCCAACCCUGCUUGUGGAGCCACAAACACUGCACAUUCUGCAUGUUUCACACCUGAUUCAGGUCAUCAGCUCUUUAGUAGAGACUCCAACACCUGAAAUAGGUGUAUCAGUAAGUAGACAUUGAAAAUGUGCAGUGUUUGGGAACUUCUGGAAACAGGCAUAGGUAUCACUCUGCAAGAGAACCAGCAUGAUCUUUCUACAGAGGCCCAAACUGAUACUUGAGCGUAAACACUGGUCUGUUCAAUAGGGAUCUGGUAAAUGCUUUUACAUUUUUAACAGAAUUCUUUGCCAAAAAUGUCUUAAACAAAGGUAACAACUGCAAAUCUGCCACUACUUUAAGAUGCAUUUGCACAGCCUUGUUAAAAGUAAAAAAAAAUCAGAACACCAGAACGUUUUUAUAAGAUCAAAACCAUUCUAGACAUAUCUAGAAGAGAGAAGAUUCGACAGAACGAAUCUGUGUGGAUUUAGUGUACACUGCCUGUAAACUAUAAAUGGUGCAUUAUACAUAGUGUGUUAAGCAGAAAAAUAAUUUCUACAUGAAAAACAGAAACUGCAAUUUAAACCAGCUUUGUGCACUGUGUUUUGUAAAUCUCUUUGUCAAACCAUUAGCCAGUGAUGACCUGAUCAGUAUGCAGAUCAAAAGAAUUCAAAUCUCACCGACUUGAGACGGAAUUGAAAAAUGAACAAAGGAGAUAUUUAGGGAAUCAAAUGAUGAAGCAAUGCUACAGGAUUUCUUGUGUAAAUUGAUUUUGGCUUUAUAUUCACAUAGGGAAAUAACUUUUGUUGCUAUGGCGAGUUUCCAUGUGGUGCUUCCAUUGAUGCAGGAAUAUAUAUGUGGAUUCCCUAAAGGGACAAAGUGAUGGAACAAAUUGAGAUUACAUUUAAUGUUAUUUUACUGAUGGCCAGGGUCAGCAUGCUCAGAAACCUCACAACCAGAGUCUGCAUAAACUGACUGAUGUUAAUAUCUGAAAAUAUCACCCUUGAUUUCCA